AUGCAGAUGAGGAAGAAGAAGAGGGGUGGCAGGAAGGAUCAGGGCAAGCAGGUGGAGCGUGGCGUUGCAGCAGCUCCCUCGCUGACAAGGCGCAAGCCCCAGAUAUGGACAGUCCUGUCUCCUGAUCGUGCGCUGGCAAUCAGUGAGGUGCCCAUCUCCGUCAUCCAGGUUGGUGGUACCGUCGGGGCUGUAUCCGAGGCUACGACUGGAGGCCUCCAGGGUGAUACGAAACUGCUGAUGGUCUCCCCGUCCAAGGCCACUGCGAGGGAGCUAAAGCACCUCGGCCUGAGUGACCUCGUCGCUGCACGUCUGAGAUCUGCCCCUGAUAACGGCAGGCCGAAGCGUGUGCGAAUCGAACCUGUACAAGCAUGGAGGAACGAGCGGGUGAUCUACGAGCGGACCGAAGGUUCCCAGCUGCCCAAUGUGAAGGCCAUUGCCAGGAACCUGACUCAUCGCCCCGGAGCCAGACUGCACAAACUCGGCGAGGGUAAAAUCCUGAAGAUGCCGCCCUUGGACAGCGGCACCAGCUUUCCUCAGACUUUCCGUGGCCUCUCAACGCCAGCCAUGCGGAGUCAAUAUUUUAAUCUCCCCAUGCCACUUGCGGGCCAAACGCCUCACCCAGUGCCGCUCCGCGUUGGUAGGGGUAUCCUGUACGUGCUCCUGGGCGCCGUCAAAAUUUGUUACGAGGGAAGCAGCGACGAGGACGUGCUGAGGCAGGGCGACAUCGUCAAGUUCAGCAGUCCAAAGCUGUUGCUGAUGACGGCGGCGGCACCGAAGGAUGAGGACGGCGCGGCGGGCUCGGCGGCGGAGUGUGCGCGGCUGCUCUGGGUCGAGGUCAACAACGACGCGGCGCGCGCCCCCGCCGCCAGGACCGGCGGCCGCGGCGGCCCCGGGCGGCCGCGCGGAGGAGGCCUGAGAGGGGGGGGCGCGCGGCCCUGGGCCCCCGCGCGGGCCUGGCGGCUGCAGCGGGGUGCCGCCGCUCGUCAUAGUUGUGUACGUAGGGCAGUGGGCCGGAGGCCGUGCGGCUCCGGGCGCUCUCCCAGAGGGAGGCCCCCCCCCCACUCGCGGCCGCGCUAG